GAUGACGUCAGAGCCCGCGCUCGCAGUUUCAGCGACAGGGGCAGGAAGUUAAGCGAGGAGUGGGGGUCUCAGUGUGGGCGGUCAGGGUGCAGCCGAACGGAGCAAGGUCUGGCCUCCAGGUAAUAAUUUCAAGAUGCCAGGGCGUUCCGGUUCCAGUUCAGGUUCAACUGGUUUUAUAUCCUUCAGUGGUGUAGAAUCUGCUCUCUCCUCCUUGAAGAACUUCCAAUCCUACAUUAGUUCUGGAAUGGAAACAGCUUCUAAUGUUGCUUUGGACCUUGUGGAAACUCAGACUGAAGUGAGUAGUGAAUACAGUAUGGACAAGGCAAUGGUCGAAUUUGCUAUAAUGGAUCGAGAACUAAACCAUUAUGUAAAGGCUGUUCAGUCUGCGAUAAAUCAUGUAAAAGAAGAACGUCCAGAAAAAAUACCAGAUCUAAAAUUGUUAGUGCAGAAGAAAUUUUUGGCUCUACAGGAUAAGAAUUCUGAUGCAGACUUUCAAAAUAAUGAAAAAUUUGUACAAUUUAAACAACAGCUGAGAGAACUGAAGAAGCAAUACGGUCUGCAAGCAGACAGAGAGGCUGAUGGAACAGAAGGAGUUGAUGAAGACAUGAUUGUGACCCAAAGUCAGACCAACUUCAUCUGCCCCAUUACACAGAUGGAAAUGAAGAAGCCAGUGAAAAGUAAAGUGUGUGGCCACACCUAUGAAGAGGAAGCCAUUGUUCGCAUGAUUGAGUCCAAGCACAGGCGGAAGAAAAAGGCCUGUUGCCCUAAAAUCGGCUGUAGCCACACGGUGAAGAUGUCUGAUCUCAUCCUGGAUGAAGCCCUGAGAAGGGCAAUCGAGAACCACAACAAGAAAAAGCAGCGGCACUCAGAGUAGGAAAGCCUGCCCGCCUGCAGGGCGCCGCAGCCUACCUCCAGCCAGCCUUCUGAGCGAGCCCUGCCUGCCGGAGCACUUCCCACUGCUGCACGCACACUUCGUGUAGGUUCAAGCCUGAAGGUUUUAGUGUAACUCAAAGCAUUUUUCUAUGUUAAAAUAAAAAUUCAAACAUAUUAAAUUGUUUAUUUUUGUGUUCUAUAAUUUUAAAUAAAACUUUGAU